AUGCAAAGAAGGCUGAACGCGAGUCCUCUGCAGUGUAGUACUGAGCCCUUCGCCAUUGUGACACGCUUCUGGGACCACGCAAACCAGACCAUUCCGACAAGCAAGCAAUCUUUGUUCGAACGCCGUGAGGAUCCGUGGCAGAGGACGGUGAACGGCAUAAGCCUGUCCACUGACUUCGCACAUGUCAAUACCAGCCAACAUGGAGACAUAUCAGUAGUCCUGGUUGCUUCCUCGACACCUGGCGUCAGCAAUCUUCGACAGCAGACCUUUCGGCGCAGCGAUGAUUGCGGCCCUCAGAGCACGAUGCAUCCAGGCGUCGACUGUGGGUCUCUUCCCAGUGGGACUGAUGCGACUGCCCUAGAGGCGCUGCAGCUUCCUGCCUUCAAUGGCCAAAUCAGUGUCGAUCUCAACGGUACUGUGACUGGCUCUAUGAACUACACUGUCAGUCUUUCUGGCCUACUCUCGAGCAUCAAAUUCUCCGACAUCAACCUCGCCGUUGCCCUGGAUGCAACCAUUCAGAGCACACUUAGCAUCAAUGCAGAUAUAACAGGCAAACUCAGCACAGAACAGAUCCAACUAUUCACAAUCGGCCUUCCAGGCCUGGACUUUGGGAAGGUCUUCACGCUCGGCCCCUCAUUUUCCAUCUACGGGCAGGCAGACGCAUCUGUCGAAGCGGAUACAGAAUUGGACGUCGACAUCUCCUAUGCGACUUCCUCUGUUCAGCUCAACUAUCCACAAUCACAGGCCAUCAACGGCUCGAUUACGCCGGCAAACUCAAACAUCAAGCUAUCAGCAGGGACGGACGUGACUGCUGAGAUGCAGCUAUCCGCACACAUGAUACCCGAGAUUGCCUUUGGUCUCACAGUUUUGGGCCAGAGCGCGACCAUUUCCCUUGAUCUGAAUGCCUACGUAGAGGCUGAUCUUUCCCUCGUCGCUGCGAUGAAUGGAACUAUAUCUCCGAGUAAUAGUAACUCGACGAGCGCUGGAGCAUCCGGAUGCGUCGACAUAUUUACCGGGAUUUCAGUUGACCUAGGCGCCGAAGCUCACAUUCUCGAUUCACCCAUCGGACCCAGCAAGACUUUCCACUACCAGACGAGGGAUUAUUCUCCGAGUAAUGGUCACCGUGUACCGCUCUCGUUCUUCGAGCAGAAUCUCAGGAAGGACUACCGCAAUCCCACGCUCAAGUUCGCAGCGUUACCCGCAGUAGCAUCCAAUUCCUCCAGGACGGACGGAAAGGGGUUUUCCUGCCCUACAGCUAAAGUUGGUGCAUUGGCUCCCGUUCUAGGGCAGACGUUGAAUGCUACAAGUUAUCAAGAACGUAAAAGCUGA